UGCCGCCGCACGUGUGUACCACCACGUGUGACCAGUUGCGAUUAUAGCAGUGUGGAAGGCCGCCGUCUACUUUGAUUGUCCGCUUAGGCAAACCGUAGCAGUGUGCGUUUUGCCCCUAGCCGAGUGCCAGUAGCAUCAACCCUUCUACGAGAGGUCGUGCGGGCGUGGAGUCACGGCUUCUGAGACAAUCCGCCAUAGUAGCAACCCUUUCCGCAAGGCAGUAGGGUAGAAGUGCUAGUCGCUGGAAGUCAUGGCGAACAUAAUCACCGAGCUGGAUCAGCAGCUCGCUUCUCUCAAUCAGUUGAAGCCGCCAGGCGCGAGCAAGGGUAAGAUUAGCUCCAUCACGCAACUAUGCGUCAGCAACAUACAUGCGGAGAUGACCAUCGUGCAAUCGCUGUAUCGCGCAUUCAAGAAGGCGCCCGCCACACACAAGCUCGGAGCCAUGUAUGUCAUUGACAGUGUCGUACGCCAAUGGAUCGAGAAGGCGAAGCAAAAUGGCCAAGAUCUGAACAUUGAAGGCCGCGGGGAGCCUGGCACCUACCCAGCGGCUGUCAAGCGCGUAACUGAACUUCUUCCUGCCUUCUUUGACGACAUAAUGAAAGGUAUCCCUGAAGACCAGAAACCGAAGCUGGCAAAUGUGAUAAGCAUUUGGGAGAAGGGUAACACCUUUCCGUCCAAGGUCCUCAACGAGUUCAAAGCCCGGCUGGGUGGUGCGACCGCGCAGUCUGGGUCGCAAGCGAACGGCACAGGUGCCCAUGUGACCAAUGGUAAGCCGGCAGGCGAGAAGUUCACUGCACCCGUACCAAGUAGACCGCUUCAUACGCCGAUUGGCUACCCUCCUCAGCAUCUCUACGAUCAAGGCUUGAUCGCGCGAAAAGGCGAGCAAGGGCAAGCUAACGGCACCACAGCGGCAUCGUCCACGGCCCAAGCACCCCAACAACAGGUCGUGCAGCAGCCAGCGGCUUCGCAGCCGCCACAGGACGUUAACAGUAUACUCGCUGCGCUUGCUAGUGCCAUACCUCAGCAGUCCGUGCCGCCGCAAAGUCAGCCAUUCCAGCAGCCCUCAGCGCCAGUGCCGAAUAUUGCUUCUCAACAGCUGCCUCCGAACGUUGCUGCCCUCUUUCAGAACGGUAUACCUGCAGGCUUCCAACAGCCACCACUGCCGCAGACUCAGACGCCAGCUUUCUCUGCCCCUCCGGCGCCGGCACCACUGUCUUUCCCGGGCUUUCAGCUGCCUCAAGGCUUUCCGAACGUUUUACCGCAGCCUCCGCCAUCAAUACCACCUCAGUAUGCUGCGGCUCCUCCACCACCGCAGCCACCCGCUGCCGCUGAUCCAUUGGCUCCAUUGCGUGGUAUUCUACCUCCAAACAUACUGAAUGAUCAAAGUAAGCUUGUAAUGGCUCUCAGUCUGCUUCAAGACCUGCAGAAGCGAGGCCUACCGAUGGAUCAGUGGGGACCUAUCUUAGAAGCUCUCAAUGAGUCGCAACCGCCAAGUAACCAGUCCGGGUAUGAUAGGCGUAGAAGCCGUAGCCCAGAACGCGGCCGAGGUAGGGCUAGUCCUGUAUACGGCACGUACGAAGAGAUUGCCGCGAAGAAGAAGGCCGAGGAGGAGCGUGCCAUGCGUGCCAAUAAUGGUGGCAACAAUCGUGGGCGCUACAGGCAGCGCUCACCCAUCCAGUCAAUGCGAGAUCUGCCCAUGCGUGACAGCCCAUUGCCCGUCGCAAUGAACGGCAUGCCGAUGCAACCCAAAUACAUUGCAAUUGACAAUUCGCUGCCGCCGGAGAACAUCAAGGUACUGUCACGGACGCUCUUUGUCGGUGGCGCAAGCGGAAGCCAGCAAGAGAUCCAAACCCUCUUCGAGCGCUUCGGCCGCGUACAGACGUGCAUCGCAAAUCGGGACAAGCGUCACGCCUUCGUCAAGAUGACCACCCGCAACUACGCUCUCAGCGCCAAGGCGGGAAUGGAAGACCUCCAGAACCGCAACGAUCGCGAAGUCAUGAGCAUCGCCCGGCAGACUAAGUGGGGUGUUGGCUUCGGACCGCGCGAAUGCUGUGACUACCAGCGAGGUGAGAGCAUCAUCCCCAUCCACAAGCUCACUGAAGCCGAUAUCAAAUGGCUCAUGACUGCCGAAUAUGGCGGCACGGGCGGUAAGGCUUUAGAAGGCGGCAUGGUGCUCGAAGAGCCGGACAUCGAAAUCGGCGCCGGGGUUAGCAGCAAGGCGAUGAGCAAGCGCGUCAUGCCGGAAGCUGGACCGCCGUCGAACAAAAGGCAGAAGGAGGAUAAGAGGCAUGGUGGUGGUGGCGGCGGUGGUAAGAAGCAGCAGCAUGACUAUGACCGCGAGCCAGCCGGCGCGGCGUAUGGUGGUGGGUAUAGUGGUAUUACGGGCGCGGGCGUGCAGCCGAUGCAGAUGGAGAGUUAUGGGUAUGAGAGGUUGGCAAGGCAGGAGCCUGUGGCGGUUGCUACGCCGCCGGCUGUGCCGACUUUCGGGUUCAGCCUGCCUCACAGUGGGCAGGGCGGGUAUCGGUAAGGCCGCAGAUGCGGCUGAGGUUGGGCGAGGUAGAGGAAAUGUUAACGCGUGGUAUUGUACU